UCGGCCGUACGCCCGUGCCUCGCUUUCAUUGGCUUAUGCGCACGAGUGACAGCGCGAUCGACCAAUCGGGCCUGGCGCGAGGGCUUUGGGUGCAGCCCCAGGGCCCGGGCGGGAGGUCGCUCGGGUCGGGUGUCGCCUGAGAACCGGAUGAGGCGGCGACCGUGAGGCCGAGCCGGGAGCGGGCGUCGCGCCGAGGCCCGGGCGGGCGGGGAGCAACGGCCGCGGACGCCGCGGGGCCGCGUCGUUGAGGGCCAGGGGCGGGCGGUGAGCGCGGGGCGCUCGGGCCGGGGCCGCCGGCGCCAUGGGCAACCGCGGGAUGGAAGAGCUGAUCCCGCUGGUCAACAAGCUGCAGGAUGCCUUCAGCUCCAUCGGCCAGAGCUGCCACCUGGACCUGCCGCAGAUCGCCGUGGUGGGCGGCCAGAGCGCCGGCAAGAGCUCGGUGCUCGAGAACUUCGUGGGCAGGGACUUCCUUCCCCGAGGUUCAGGAAUCGUCACUCGGCGGCCUCUCAUCCUGCAGCUCAUCUUCUCAAAAACAGAAUAUGCCGAGUUUUUGCACUGCAAGUCCAAAAAGUUUACAGACUUUGAGGAAGUCCGACAGGAGAUCGAAGCGGAGACUGACAGGGUCACGGGGACCAACAAAGGCAUCUCCCCAGUGCCCAUCAACCUGCGGGUCUACUCGCCACACGUGUUGAACCUGACCCUCAUCGACCUCCCGGGCAUCACCAAGGUGCCUGUGGGGGACCAGCCCCCGGACAUCGAGUACCAGAUCAAGGACAUGAUCCUGCAGUUCAUCAGCCGGGAGAGCAGCCUCAUCCUCGCCGUGACCCCCGCCAACAUGGACCUGGCCAACUCGGACGCCCUCAAGCUGGCCAAGGAGGUCGACCCCCAAGGCCUGCGGACCAUCGGCGUCAUCACCAAGCUCGACCUGAUGGACGAAGGCACUGACUCCAGGGACGUCCUGGAGAAUAAGCUGCUCCCCUUGAGAAGAGGCUACAUUGGCGUGGUGAAUCGCAGCCAGAAGGACAUUGAGGGCAGGAAGGACAUCCGCACAGCGCUGGCAGCCGAGAGGAAAUUCUUCCUCUCCCACCCGGCCUACCGGCACAUGGCUGACCGCAUGGGCACCCCGCACCUGCAAAAGACUUUGAAUCAGCAACUGACCAACCACAUCCGGGAGUCGCUGCCGGCCCUGCGCAGCAAGCUGCAGAGCCAGCUGCUGUCCCUGGAGAAGGAGGUGGAGGAGUACAAGAACUUCCGGCCCGACGACCCCACCCGCAAGACCAAAGCCCUGCUGCAGAUGGUCCAGCAGUUUGGGGUGGACUUUGAAAAGAGGAUCGAGGGCUCUGGAGACCAAGUGGACACGCUAGAGCUCUCCGGGGGCGCCCGGAUCAAUCGCAUCUUCCACGAGCGGUUUCCCUUUGAGCUGGUGAAGAUGGAGUUCGAUGAGAAGGACUUAAGACGGGAGAUCAGCUACGCCAUUAAGAACAUCCACGGAGUCAGGACCGGGCUCUUCACCCCGGACUUGGCAUUCGAGGCCAUUGUGAAAAAGCAGGUCGUCAAGCUGAAAGAGCCCUGUCUGAAAUGUGUCGACCUGGUUAUCCAGGAGCUAAUCAAUACAGUUAGGCAGUGUACCAGUAAGCUCAGCUCCUACCCCCGGUUGCGAGAGGAAACUGAACGAAUCGUCACCACUUACAUCCGGGAACGGGAGGGGAGGACCAAGGACCAGAUUCUUCUUCUUAUCGACAUUGAGCAGUCCUACAUCAACACAAACCAUGAGGACUUCAUUGGAUUUGCCAACUGUUACUAUACUGAGCAGCUGGUGACCGGUGCCCAGCAGAGGAGCACACAGCUGAACAAGAAGAGAGCCAUCCCUAACCAGGGGGAGAUCUUGGUGAUCCGCAGGGGCUGGCUGACCAUCAACAACAUCAGCCUGAUGAAGGGCGGCUCCAAGGAGUACUGGUUUGUGCUGACGGCUGAGUCACUGUCCUGGUACAAGGAUGAGGAGGAGAAAGAGAAGAAGUACAUGCUGCCUCUGGACAACCUCAAAAUCCGUGAUGUGGAGAAGGGCUUCAUGUCCAACAAACACGUCUUCGCCAUCUUCAACACGGAGCAGAGGAAUGUCUACAAGGACCUGCGGCAGAUCGAGCUGGCUUGUGACUCCCAGGAGGACGUGGACAGCUGGAAGGCCUCAUUCCUCCGAGCCGGGGUCUACCCUGAGAAGGACCAGGCAGAAAACGAGGACGGGGCCCAGGAGAACACCUUCUCCAUGGACCCGCAGCUGGAGCGGCAGGUGGAGACCAUUCGCAACCUGGUGGACUCGUAUGUGGCCAUCAUCAACAAGUCCAUCCGCGACCUCAUGCCAAAGACCAUCAUGCACCUCAUGAUAAACAAUACGAAGGCCUUCAUCCACCACGAGCUGCUGGCCUACUUGUACUCGUCAGCCGACCAGAGCAGCCUCAUGGAGGAGUCGGCCGACCAGGCCCAGCGGCGGGACGACAUGCUGCGCAUGUACCACGCGCUCAAGGAGGCGCUCAACAUCAUCGGGGACAUCAGCACCAGCACGGUGUCCACGCCCGUGCCCCCACCCGUCGAUGACACCUGGCUCCAGAGCACCAGCAGCCACAGCCCCACUCCACAGCGCCGGCCUGUGUCCAGCAUGCACCCCCCAGGCCGGCCGCCAGCAGUGAGGGGCCCCACCCCGGGGCCCCCCCUGAUUCCUGUGCCGGUGGGGGCAGCAGCCUCCUUCUCAGCGCCCCCCAUCCCAUCCCGGCCUGGACCCCAUCCUGGCGGGUUUCCCAACAAUGACCCCUUCUCAGCCCCGCCUCAGGUCCCAUCUCGGCCAGCUCGGAUUCCACCCGGCAUCCCCCCCGGAGUGCCCAGCAGAAGACCCCCUGCUGCACCCAGCCGGCCCACCAUUAUCCGCCCAACCGAGCCAUCCCUGCUCGACUAGGCUGCGGGGGGCAUGUUCUCAGGGGUCCUCGAGCAGGUCCCUCGGUGCAGGAGCUUCGGUGGUCUGGGCCCAUCCGCCGCCCCUGGCCCUCCCGUCCCCACGUGGGACCAGGCUCCCUGCCCGCAGCCCCUGACUCUUCCCUAACCCUGGUCCCAGUCAGAGGCUGGCCUGGCCCCCGUCCCCAGCUGGACACAGCACUGAACGGAGGGGCCCUGGAGCCCCAGGACGAGGGGAGCCGGGGUGUUGCACUUUGGGGGGUGGGGUCUCAGGUAGCAGAGGAGGCAGCUGCAUCCUGAGGGCCAUCUUGAACAAGGGAUCCAGGCUGGGGUGUGGGGGUGCUCACCCAGGGGCUUCUCUGGCCAGGAAUGCCUGAGCGGACCAGGCCUUCUAGAAACGGCACCAGGGGUUGUCUGUACCUCCCAGUCCUUGCUGGGGCACAAGGAGUGUGUCUCAUUCUCAGCAGUGGGAGCUCCCAGUGGUGAGCGGGCCCAGCAGGCCCAGCGCCACCCGCCCGCCCACGUUGUACAUAUUCCUUCCUUGGCCGUAUUAACCACACGGCCCAGCCUCGGCUGCCAGAGGUGCCUUUGCCAGGUCCGGAACCCUCGGCCCCGGCCAACCUCACUCUCUCCUCCCUGGGCCCCCUCCUCCUCCUGGGUCCUCAGGGCAGCCUGGGCUCGGGGCUGAGUGGGUGGGGAAGCUUUGGGGGCCUCUGGGCUCCCACUCAGGCCUCCCCCACGGGUCAGGCCCGAGCGGCCUCUCUGUGAGCAGACCUUCUCGCUCGCUCGGUUUGACCACUGUAAGUGCCUGCACUCUGUAUCCUAUUAAUAAACUAAAAUAAAGGGAAGACGCUUCUGGUG